UUCCCAGCUGUGUCAUCAAUAGAAGCGCCAAACACGGCGUUGUUUCGAAGAUUAUUUUGUUAAUUGUUCUCCAAUUUGUCAAGGACUUGGCUCGAACAACGAUGAGUGAGGUUCGAAAUCUGAUUGACUUGACCGAAUGGGAUGAGGAUGAGCCUAACGAGGAGACGAAAGGGACGAAGCUCGAGGAGCCAGAGCAAGUGGUUGUGGCCUCGAACUUCCAGGGUCCCUACGAUCCCUUCGAUUUGAUGGAGAAAGAGGCUUGCAUCAAGGGGAUGACUUUGAAGACGCAGAUCAAGGAGAAGGUAUCGAGCGCCGAAACAGCGCCAGAUCUGAACGACGAGAGCCCUCCGGUGUGCAUGCAGAUCUAUGCGUCGUCCGGAGAAAACUCCCAGAAGCGGCGCUCGAACAGGUCGAUCCAAAAGCAGCUGCUAAAGAUGAAUGCCACACGGUCCGUGGCCAGCACACCGCCCCACAAUCGAUCCAAGGCGGACUUUGAGAAGACGGUUUUGAACAAAAGCCUGCAGAUGCUGGCGGCCGAGUCGCCGCUGAAGCUCAUUGAAGACGACGACGACGUCCUCUCCUCUAGCAUCUGUUUCGAGGAAGACCUGAAAAUGCUACGUAUACCGAUCCUGGACGCCUUAAGCAAUGCGGAACACAAACCGAGUGCCGAGGACAACAGAGAAGUUAAUGAAAUUGAGGCCAAAACCCAGAAAGGUCCGGAGCCGAAGCCAGAAAUUGAUAAACCAAUCGCACAGGAUUUGGGCCAACUUCUCAAACAACUGCAGAUGUUAGUCCACGAACACGUUGAGAAGACCAAAUGGCAUCUGUUUGACAUGGCAAUUAAAUCCAUUGCUGCAGUCAUCUUUGGUCCAACUGGCACUUCUCUGGAGGCCCGGAAAGCCAUCGAUCCAGCGAUGCAAUCGCCUUACUCAUACACGCGACAGGAGACAUUCGAUCGCGAACUUCAAGGCACACGGACACUGCAUUCACCGGAAGAGGAGAUCGGCUGCGCACCAGGGGCACCUGCCAGCAGUGAUCCAAACUUUCCAGACGCUAUGGUGUGCUCUGCAGCCACCUUCGACGCUGAGCCUUGCUCGGAUCCGUUUGAAAGGGACUUGCACUCAUCCCCACCGUCGAUUGAUUCCGCACCAGUGACCAGAAACGAGCCGUACAUGACGGAGUUGAUGGACGAGCGUCUCGCUCUGCAGAUCAACGAGCUGCUGGAACGUCACAAACUCUUUAAGACGGCGAACGGUGACCACGAGCAGCAGGGCAUCGAUCCCAGGACUGUUAUAUUGUUGGUCAAUCCCAGCAACUAUGGCAAUCAGCAAACACAACCGUCCGCCUGCAAUGCGAAGCCGAAUCCGCUGCGGGAUUUCAACGAUGCUGGUUCCAUGCGCCGACGAUCGUCCUCACUGUCCAUUCAGGACAAGUGCAAGCAGCUCGAUCGCCAGGUGGAAAACCUGCCGCCGCCCACGGAAGUCAAAAGAACUGCCACCGUGGGUCCGAUAACCGAAGCAGCUCCGUUUCGAAAGAAGAGCAAUUCAUUCUCCAUGCCCAGUAACCCGUGCACAAAGGCCACCGAGAGCAGGCGCACCCUGUUGAGCAGCCGCCUGAAGACACCGUCCAUAACAGAGUCCGUGGGGAAGGCCAACGGAACCGUGAAGGCGGGCAAACCUACUAAGCCAGUGCUUCCGCUUCUAGAGGUGGCAGCGACGAAGGAGUGCACCAACAUCAAUCGCGUCUAUCCACGUGUCCCAGAGACGCCCCUUUCCUCGAAGACCAAGUCCGCCCAAAAGAUAUCGUACACGAGCACACCACUGCCGCAAAUGCGCACUCAGCAGCGCAGAUCCAUUAAGCCAGUGGGAUCAGGAUCAGGAUCAGGAUCGGGAUCGGGAUCGGGUCCAUCUUCAUCAUCCCUGGGCAAUGCUUCCUACUCGGCGACAAACUUCAGGGCCGCGAGCUUUUCCAAGAAGACCGGUUCCGGAUAGAGUGCACAGCAUAGAUAGGAGGCACUUGCCAGUCCCGUGGUGGUGGCCCAAUGUCGCCUGAAAGUGAAUCUAAAUGUGAUGACAAGCUGCGUGUGCGGUCAAGAUAAACCAACAAGUGAAUUCGGCUUGGCUAUCUCGAUGUUUUUUCGUUCUAUUUGUUUAUGCUUAACGUUAUUAGAUAAAGUGAACUGAUAUGGAGUUGGUUCCAAUUCGACUAGAUAGUUGGCUUAAUUCAGUCUAAUUGUUUGAUCGCCUGCAGCGUCAAAUAAUAACAUAAUAAUAAAUGUAGGGUUAAACCGAAA